AUGAAUUUGAGUACAGCUGCUAAACUUUUUGAUUCCUUAAAAGUAUAUUUUUUUGAUCUCAGAGAGAAAUAUAGUGACUAUGAAUCUAGAGCAAAAAAUAAAAUGCCAAAUUGCGAAUUUGAGUAUUUAGCUAAACGCGACCGAACUCGAAGUAUACGUCUCACAAGAAAUGAUGGUCCUGAAAAGGAAACCAAAUUCAGUGGAAAUGAUAAGUUUAAAGUGGAGGCAUUUCUACCUGCUUUAGACUCGCUAAUAACAGAAAUAAGUAAACGUGGAGAAGCGUAUGGAAAUAUUGGGGAAAAUUUUCACUUUUUAAGUAAUCUAAUGGACAUUGAAUUCAAUGAACUGAGUGAUAAAUGCAAAAAUCUAGUCAAUACGUACAAGAAUGAUUUAGAUUAUGAUGACAUAUUAAAUGAAUGCAUCCAUUUUAAAAAUUUUUUAAAUUCAGAAGAAAAUAGUUUUGAACUUCCUGCAUUGUAUGAAACAAUUGUUUCUGGUGGCUUAAAAUCGAUAUUUCCCAACAUUGAAAUAGCAUUAAGAAUUUUUUUGUGCAUGAUGAUCACAAAUUGUACCGGAGAGCGGUCGUUUUCUAAGCUAAAAUUGAUAAAAAAAUCAAUUACGCAGCACUAUGGGACAACAACGCUUGAACUGGCUAUGUCUGAUGUGCAUUGA